AUGCGUCGACCUCUCCAGAUGGAGUACACAGGACUCAAAUUGACUACAUCUGUGUUAAGAAACACAGCAAUGGAGGAAACAGCCAUAUGGGAACAACACACAGUGACGCUUCACAGGGCUCCUGGAUUUGGAUUUGGAAUUGCAAUAUCUGGUGGAAGAGAUAAUCCUCAUUUUCAGAGUGGGGAAACCUCAAUCGUGAUUUCAGAUGUGCUGAAAGGAGGACCAGCUGAAGGCCAGCUACAGGAAAAUGACCGAGUUGCAAUGGUUAAUGGAGUUUCAAUGGAUAAUGUUGAACAUGCUUUUGCUGUUCAGCAACUAAGGAAAAGUGGCAAAAAUGCAAAAAUAACUAUACGCAGGAAGAAGAAAAUUCAGAUACCAGUAACUCAUCCUGAUCCUGAACCAGCAUCUGAGCAUGAAGAAGAUAGUUAUGAUGAGGAAGUACAUGACCCAAGAAGUGCCCGUGGUGGUCUCGUUAACAGAAGGAAUGAGAAGAGUUGGACGAGGGAUAGAAGUGCAAGUCGAGAGAGGAGUUUGUCUCCACGGUCAGACAGACGCUCUGUGACCUCUAGUCAGCCUGCCAAACCCACCAAAGUCACAUUGGUGAAGUCCCGGAAAAAUGAAGAAUAUGGUCUUCGAUUGGCCAGCCAUAUAUUUGUAAAGGAAAUUUCACAAGAUAGUUUGGCAGCAAGAGAUGGCAAUAUUCAAGAAGGCGAUGUUGUAUUGAAGAUUAAUGGUACUGUGACAGAAAAUAUGUCCUUGACAGAUGCAAAGACAUUGAUAGAAAGAUCUAAAGGCAAGCUGAAAAUGGUAGUUCAGAGAGAUGAACGUGCUACUCUGCUGAAUGUCCCUGAUCUUUCUGACAGCAUCCACUCUGCUAAUGCCUCAGAACGAGAUGACAUUUCAGAAAUUCAGUCACUGGCAUCAGAUCAUUCCAAUCGUUCACAUGACAGGCUUCCCCACCGCAGCCAUUCCCGAUCUCCUGACCAAAGGUCAGAACCUUCUGAUCAUUCUAGACACUCUCCACAGCAGCCCAGCAGUGGCAGUCUCCGGAGCAGAGAGGAAGAAAGAAUUUCUAAACCUGGAUCUAUCUCAACUCCUGUAAAGCAUGGAGAUGACCACACACCGAAAGUAGUGGAAGAAGCUGUAGUUGAGAGAAUUGAAAAACAAGCACCCACUCUUCCAGAACCAAAGCCUGUAUAUGCUCAAGUUGGACAACCAGAUGUGGAUUUACCUGUCAGUCCAUCUGAUGGUGUCCUACCUAAUUCAACUCAUGAAGAUGGGAUUCUUCGGCCCAGCAUGAAAUUGGUCAAAUUCAGAAAAGGAGACAGUGUGGGUUUGCGGCUGGCUGGUGGAAAUGAUGUCGGAAUAUUUGUAGCUGGUGUUCUGGAAGAUAGCCCUGCAGCCAAAGAAGGCUUAGAAGAAGGGGAUCAAAUUCUCAGGGUAAACAAUGUAGAUUUCACAAAUAUCAUAAGAGAAGAAGCUGUUCUUUUCCUGCUCGACCUCCCUAAAGGAGAAGAAGUGACCAUAUUGGCUCAGAAGAAGAAGGAUGUUUAUCGUCGCAUUGUGGAAUCGGAUGUAGGAGAUUCUUUUUAUAUUAGAACACAUUUUGAAUAUGAAAAGGAAUCUCCCUAUGGACUUAGUUUUAACAAAGGAGAGGUGUUCCGUGUUGUGGAUACCUUGUACAAUGGAAAACUGGGCUCCUGGCUUGCUAUACGAAUUGGCAAAAAUCAUAAAGAGGUAGAACGAGGCAUCAUCCCUAAUAAAAACAGAGCUGAGCAGUUAGCCAGUGUACAGUACACACUUCCAAAAACAGCAGGAGGAGACCGUGCUGACUUCUGGAGAUUCCGAGGUCUUCGCAGCUCCAAGAGAAAUCUUCGAAAAAGCAGAGAAGAUUUGUCUGCCCAACCAGUUCAAACAAAGUUUCCAGCUUAUGAAAGAGUUGUUCUUCGAGAAGCUGGAUUUCUGAGACCUGUAACCAUCUUUGGGCCAAUAGCUGAUGUUGCCAGAGAAAAACUAGCCAGAGAAGAACCAGAUAUAUAUCAGAUUGCAAAAAGUGAACCACGUGAUGCUGGAACUGACCAACGUAGCUCGGGCAUUAUUCGCCUUCAUACAAUAAAGCAAAUAAUUGAUCAAGACAAGCAUGCUUUAUUAGAUGUAACACCAAAUGCAGUUGAUCGUUUGAAUUACGCUCAAUGGUAUCCAAUUGUUGUAUUCCUUAACCCUGAUUCUAAGCAAGGUGUGAAAACAAUGAGAAUGAGGUUAUGUCCAGAAUCUCGGAAAAGUGCCAGGAAAUUAUAUGAGAGGUCUCAUAAGCUUCGUAAAAAUAAUCAUCAUCUUUUUACAACUACAAUUAAUUUAAAUUCAAUGAAUGAUGGCUGGUAUGGUGCACUAAAAGAAGCAAUUCAACAACAGCAGAACCAGCUGGUGUGGGUUUCUGAAGGAAAGGCGGAUGGUGCUACAAGUGAUGACCUUGAUUUGCAUGAUGAUCGUCUGUCCUACCUGUCAGCCCCAGGUAGUGAAUACUCAAUGUAUAGCACGGACAGUAGACACACAUCUGACUAUGAAGACACUGAUACAGAAGGCGGGGCCUACACUGAUCAAGAACUAGAUGAAACUCUUAAUGAUGAGGCUGGGACUCCACCGGAGUCUGCCAUUACACGGUCCUCUGAGCCUGUAAGAGAGGACUCCUCUGGAAUGCAUCAUGAAAACCAAACAUAUCCUCCUUACUCACCACAAGCGCAGCCACAACCAAUUCAUAGAAUAGACUCCCCUGGAUUUAAAACAGCCUCUCAACAGAAAGCAGAAGCCUCAUCUCCAGUCCCUUACCUUUCGCCUGAAACAAACCCAGCAUCAUCAACCUCUGCUGUUAAUCAUAAUGUAAAUUUAAAUCAUGUCCAACUGGAGGAGCACACCCCAGCUCCUUCCGCCUCUUAUUCACCACAAGCUGAUUCUUUAAGAACACCAAGUACUGAGGCAGCUCACAUAAUGCUCAGGGAUCAAGAGCCACCAUUGUCGUCGCAUGUAGAUCCAGCAAAGGUGUUUAGAAAGGAUCUGUAUCCUGAGGAAAUAAUGAGACAGAAUCAGGUUUUAAAGCAGCCAGCUGUUGGUCACCCAGGGCCAAGGCCAGAGAAAGAGCCUAAUCUGAACUAUGAGCCCCAGCUUCCAUAUGGAGAGAAACAAGCCAGCAGAGACCUCGAGCAGCCCCUGUAUAGAUACGACACGUCAAACUACACAGACCAGUUUUCUCGAAACUAUGACCAUCAUCUACGAUAUGAAGACAGAAUUUCUGCAUAUGAAGAACAAUGGUCAUAUUAUGAUGACAAACAGCCCUACCAACCUUCUUUUGAUAAUCGGCCUCCUUUUGAUAAUCACCAUUCCCGAGACCUUGAUUCCAGACAGCAUCCUGAAGAGUCCUCAGAUCAAGGAUAUUUCCCACGUUUUGAAGAGCCAGCUCCUUACGACAGUAGACCACGCUAUGAACAGCCACCUAGAACUUCUACCCUCCGACAUGAAGAGCAGCCAACUUCUGGGUAUGAUGUGCAUAGUAGAUACAGACCAGAAACACAGCCCCAUCCUUCAGCAAGUCCAAAAUCUUCAGAGCCCAAGCAGUAUUUUGACCAGUACCCACGAAGUUAUGAGCAAGUACCAGCACAAGGAUUUACCUCCAAAGCAGGUCAUUAUGAGUCUCUCCAUGGUGCUGCACUUGUUCCUCCUCUAAUACCUUCAUCCCAACAUAAGCCAGAAGUUUUGCCCUCCAAUACCAAACCACUGCCUCCACCCCCUGUUAUUUCUGAAGAAGAGGAAGAUCCAGCAAUGAAACCACAGUCUGUACUCACUAGAGUUAAAAUGUUUGAAAACAAAAGAUCUGCAUCAUUAGAGAGCAAAAAGGAUAUAAAUGACACAUCCAGUUUUAAGCCUCCAGAAGUACCAUCGAAACCUCCAGGUGCUCCCAUUGUUGGUCCUAAGUCUACUCCUCAGAAUCAAUUCAGCGAACAUGACAAAACCCUCUACAGGAUCCCAGAACCUCAAAAACCUCAGUUGAAGCCACCAGAUGAUAUUGUUCGUUCAAAUCAUUAUGAUCCUGAGGAAGAUGAAGAAUAUUAUCGCAAACAGCUUUCAUAUUUUGACCGAAGAAGUUUUGAGAACAAGCCCUCUGCCCAUAUUCCUGCUGGUCAUCUCUCAGAGCCUGCCAAGCCUGUGCACUCUCAGAGUCAACCAAGUUUCUCAAGUUAUUCUUCCAAGGGAAAGCCUACUGAAGCUGAUAAUAUGGAUCGAUCAUUUGGGGAGAAACGAUACGACCCAGUCCAGGUCACUCCUCCGCCACCGCCACUGCCCUCCCAGUAUACUCAGCCCACCAUCAGUGCUUCUCUGGCUCUUCACACGCAUUCCAAGGGAGUACUUGGGGAAGGUAACUCAGUGUCACUGGAUUUUCAGAAUUCUUUAGUGUCCAAACCAGACCCACCUCCAUCUCAGAAUAAGCCAGCAACAUUCAGACCAUCAAACAGGGAAGAUGCUGCUCAGUCUACUUUCUAUCCACCGAAAAAUUUCCUCGACAAAGCUCCAGUCAAUGGGGCUGAACAGACUCAUAAAGUCGUCACUCCAGCAUACAAUCGAUUCACACCAAAACCUUAUACAAGUUCUGCCAGACCAUUUGAACGCAAGUUUGAAAGUCCUAAAUUUAAUCACAAUCUUUUGCCCACUGAAACUGCACACAAACCAGACUUGUCUUCAAAAACCCCCACUUCUCCAAAGACUGUUCUGAAAGCACACAGUUCAGCACAGCCUCCUGAGUUUGACAGUGGUGUCGAAACCUUCUCCAUUCAUGCAGAUAAGCCUAAAUAUCAAGUAAAUAAUAUCAGUACAGUGCCUAAAGCUGUUCCUGUGAGUCCUUCAGCUGUGGAAGAGGAUGAAGAUGAGGAUGGUCACACUGUGGUAGCCACGGCCCGAGGUGUAUUUAACAGCAAUGGUGGAGUGUUGAGUUCCAUAGAAACUGGUGUUAGUAUAAUCAUCCCGCAAGGAGCCAUUCCUGAGGGAAUUGAGCAGGAAAUCUAUUUCAAGGUCUGCCGAGACAACAGCAUCCUUCCACCUUUAGAUAAAGAAAAAGGUGAGACACUGCUGAGCCCGUUAGUGAUGUGUGGGCCCCAUGGUCUCAAGUUCCUGAAGCCAGUGGAGCUGCGCUUACCACACUGUGCGUCCAUGACUCCUGACGGUUGGUCUUUUGCUCUAAAAUCAUCUAACUCCUCGUCGGGUGAUCCUAAAACCUGGCAAAACAAGUGUCUUCCUGGAGAUCCAAAUUAUCUUGUUGGAGCAAACUGUGUUUCUGUCCUGAUUGACCACUUUUAA